AGACAAAUAGCCGGCUAGCAGAUAGACUGUGCGGCACGGUGCGCCCCGCUGCUGCUGCUGCUGCUGCAGCCCGGGCUGGGGCCGGCUACAGCUGCUGCUGCCCCAGACUCAGCUGGGGCGGCUGCCCCGUCUGUCUCUCUCCCAGUCUCCUUUCCUACUUCACUCUGUCUGGCUCUGCCUGUCUUUGGGUCUGUCUCUGGGUCUGUCCCUCUGUCACUCCACUCCUUAACCGCGUUCCUCCUAGCCUCUGUCUCCCCCGUUUCCUCCUGCUGUCUCCUCUGUCUCUUCUGUUUCUUCCUUUCCUGUCUUGGGCGCUUCUGUCUGUCCGUCUGUCUUUUCUGAUCCGCCUUUCUGCUUGUUUCCUCCCCACGGGGUGAUAAGGCUCAGUUAGCCGGCAGCCCCGUCUGUCAGUCCAUCCGUCUGUCCUCUCUACUCCGCCUGCCGCUGUCUGGCUCGAGGAGGGGUUGAGGAGGAGCCUCAAGAAACUAACUCCCUUUAAAAAAAAAAAGCCUCCUAGGAUAAGAGCAGCCGCGGGCCGGCCCCCUCCUCCCGGCGGCCCCCCACCCCUCUUUGCUUCCCUCCUCCCUCCCCUGCCUACCAUUCCCACUGCAUCCCUCCCCGUCUCCUGACACGCCGGCGGAGAAGAAGCUCUUUUCGCCGAGGAGAGGAGGACUAGGAGGAAGAGGAGGAGGAGGAGGAGGAAAGAGCAGCGGCAGCGGCAGCGGCAGCAGCAAGCCCUCCUCCAGGCGCCCCGGGUUGCCUCCAGGUGACGAUGCUCUGGCUCUCCCCCAGCGUCCGGGCUCUGGCUCCGCGGCAGUGGCUGACUUCUCCUGGGAUUGCCUUCAGUGUCUGGCUGCUGCUGAGUAACCUGUGGGUCCAGAUGUCUCUGGCUUCCUCAUUCCUGACAGGUUCAGUUGCUAAAUGUGAAAAUGAAGGUGAAGUCCUCCAGAUCCCUUUUAUCACCGACAACCCAUGCAUAGUGUGUGUCUGCUUGAAUAAAGAAGUGACAUGUAAACGAGAGAAGUGUCCACUGUUCUCCAAAGACUGUGCCCUGGUGGUUAAGCAGAGGGGAACCUGCUGUGAACGAUGCAAAGGCUGUAGCUACGAAGGACAUACUUACAACAGCUCCCUAAAAUGGCAGGUCCCAGGCAACCCCUGCGUCCUCCACCAGUGCCAGGAAGGAGUCGUAACCAAGGCGGAAAUGCACUGUGUGGUUCAUUGUAAAAACCCUGCCAAGCAGCAAGGGAUGUGCUGCCCCACCUGUCCAGGAUGUGUCUUUGAAGGAGUUCAGUACCACGAAGGGGAAGAGUUUCAGCCUGAAGGCAACAGAUGCACCAAGUGCAUGUGUAUUGGAGGUCAGACACAGUGCAUGAGAGAAGUCUGCCCGAUUCUGUCAUGUCCUGAGCACCUGAGUCAGACUCCACCAGGCCAGUGUUGCCCCCGAUGUGUAGGUCAGAGGAAAGUAUUUGACCUCCAGUUUGGAAGCUGCCUCUUCCGUAGCGAUGUCUAUGAUAAUGGUGCCUCCUUCCUCUAUGACAAUUGCACAGUUUGCACAUGCCAGGACUCCACCGUGGUGUGCAAGAAGAAAUGCUCUCCCCCUGGAGCUUGUGCUAAGAGCAGAGACUCCUGUUGUGAAGAAUGCCUUGUGCGUGUGCCCCCCAAAGACAUCCGUGUGUGCAAGCUUGGGAGCAAGAUCUUCCGGGAUGGAGAGAUGUGGUCCUCUGUUAAUUGCACCAUCUGUGCUUGUGUGAAAGGCAAGACUGAGUGUCAGAAGAAGCAAUGCGUUCCCAUCAACAGCUGUCCACACGGUAAAAUUCUGAAUAGAAAGGGAUGCUGUCCUAUUUGCACUGAAAAGCCCGGCGUUUGCACUGUAUUUGGAGAUCCCCACUACAACACUUUUGACGGACGGACAUUUAACUUUCAGGGAACAUGUCAGUACGUUUUGACAAAAGACUGCUCCUCCUCUGCCUCACCCUUCCAGGUGCUGGUGAAGAAUGAUGCCCGGAGGACUCGGUCCUUCUCUUGGACCAAGGCUGUGGACCUUGUGGUUGGCGGCGGCACAGUCAGCCUCCAGCAGCAUCUCACAGUCAAGUGGAACGGUACCCGGAUAGCACUGCCCUGUGAGACUCCUCACUUCCAUAUUGAUCUGGACGGCUACCUCCUGAAAGUGACGACCAAAGCAGGCCUGGAAAUCUCCUGGGAUGGAGACAGUUUUGUGGAAGUCAUGGCUGCCCCACACCUGCAGGGCAAACUCUGUGGACUUUGUGGCAAUUACAACGGGCACAAACGGGAUGACUUAAUUGGGGGGGAUGGCAACUUCAAGUUUGAUGUGGAUGAUUUUGCUGAAUCCUGGCGAGUGGAGUCGAAUGAGUUUUGCAAUCGGCCCCAGAGAAAGCCAGUGCCAGAGCUUUGCCAAGGGACGGUGAAGGUAAAGCUUCGUGCACACCGGGAGUGCCAGAAACUCAAAGCCUGGGAGUUUCAACCCUGUCAUUCUACUGUCGACUACACACCAUUUUAUCGGUCCUGUGUCACAGACAUGUGUGAGUGUCCAGUCCAUAAAAACUGCUAUUGUGAAUCCUUCCUGGCAUAUGCCCGGGCUUGCCAAAGAGAAGGGGCCAAAGUUCACUGGAAGCCGGAGCAGAACUGUGCAGCCACCCAGUGCAAACAUGGCGCCGUAUAUGACACCUGUGGGCCCGGAUGCAUCAAGACAUGCGACAACUGGAAUGAGAUCGGCCCCUGCAACAAGCCAUGUGUGGCAGGCUGCCACUGUCCCGCCAACUUGGUUCAUCACAAAGGAAGAUGCAUCAAACCAGUCCUCUGUCCCCAGCGGUGACCUUUGUUCAGGGCCAAAGACUUGGAAAGCCGGUGUCCUUGACACCUACACUGAACAGCCAAUGAAGGACUAUAGGUUUUAAAUGCAUAUUCUGCAAAAAACACAUCCAGAGUACAUAUGUGUAAAUAUACAUAUAUGUACACAUCUGUACAUAUACAUAUGUAUGUGUGUAUGUAUAGAUGUGUAUAUAUACAGAUUCAAAAACAUACAACAUUUAUGUAAACCAUAGAAGGAAGAAUUACUAUAUGUAUAUUUUUUGCUAUAAGACAUGUAUUAUUUCUAGGAUUCUCAUCUGUAAGCCAUGGCAGUUAUUGUAUAAAUAAACCCAAUGUUUCUAAUUUGAUCAGGUGGCAUGGCAGCCUUCUGGAUGGCUUUCCCAUUGCAUAAACCUCAAGGAAGUUUUUUUAAGAGCCCUGGUGUUCCACUGAAUUCAUUUUGAUCCUGAAUCAGGAUUUGUGGUUGGAUGGAAAACAUGUGUCCCUGGAGGAGGAGGAUUUAUCUGUGGGCAAGAAAGGAAUAUGUACUUGUGAAAGCUGGCCAGGGGAUUGGUGAUGGGAAUGAAAAUGGAUGGACAGCUGGGUCUUUGGAGCCAUAUAGUUGAUGGUGUUUCCAAGAUUGACUGGCCAGAUGCCAGGAUGGCGAUAUUUGUCAGUGGAGCUAAACCAAAGAGCCAAAUAGUUUCUUGAUUUAAGGAUUCCUUUUUAUUGUAUUUUUAUGGAAGUCUGCCCCUCUUACACAUGGGCAUGCACACGCGCACACACACACACACACACACACACACACACACACACACGGCAUCUCAACAGCCUUAGUUUAGCUUUAAUAGCUUAUCACCACCCCAAGACUUUUGGAUAUUCUAUAGAGGCAGCGUGGUAGAGUAGAUAGAGAUGUGGCAUGACAGCCUGGAAGACAGUUUAAAUUCCUAUUUCUGACAAAUAUGGGCUGUGACUCUGGACAAGUCAUGUGAUCUCUCAGUGCCCCAACUAUAAAUCACAGCCAAAUGGCUGAUCUGCAUUGGCCAUCCAGGAGAUCUCUGUGCCAGUGAAAUCACAGGUACAGGCUCAAUUAUGAUAUCAAUCUGCUAAUCACCAAGCAUGUAUUAAACACCUACUGUGUGCCAGGCAUUGUGCUAAAUGUUGGGACACAAAGUACAAAAACAGUCCUUGCCUUCUAAGUGCUUACACUCUAGUGAAGAGACAAUAUAUAUAGAUCAGAAAAUGCAAGCUAAAUACGGAGUAUCUAGAUGGAAGGUAACUUGAGCUGGCCUGGCACUAGCAUCUGCGGAGGACCAGGAAAAGCUUCCUGGGGGUGGUGGCCCUUGAGAUGAAUCUUAAAGGGAUUCUAAGAAUCAGAGCUUGGGGGGAGAGCAUUUCAGGCAUGGAGAAUGGCCAGUGCAAAGGCCUAAAGAUGAGAGAUAAGAUGUCGUGUGUAAGAAAUAGCCAGCAAGCUGGUUUGACUGGAUUGUAGAGUGAGUGGAUGGAAUGGAUGGAAGAAAAUUGGAAAAGGUGGGAAAGGGCUAGCCUCUGUGAAGAGCCUAAGUGACAAGUGAAGGACUUUAUAUAGGUAACAUUAUAGACGUGGAAUUUAUUGGAAAGAAAUCCAGAGUCCAUUUAUUCCAAACCAAACUUGAGCAAGCAUCUCCUCUACCACUUCUUAAAUCAAUGGUUAUGUACCCUCCGUUUGAAUUGAGGGGAACCCACUACCUCCUGAAGAAGUUCAUUAUGCAUUUGGAUGAUUCUAAUUAUGAACUGGUUUCCUCCUACACUUACUUCUUCCUUGUCCUGUCUCUGGAGCCCAACAGAGUAAGUUUAAUCCCUUUCCAAAAUGGAGACAACUCUUAUGUCCCCACUAAUCUUUGGGCGGAUAUCCUCAGUACCUUUGACGAUCUUUGGAACGGCAUGAUUUCCAGUUCUCUCCCCAGCCUGAUCACCCACUUCUCUUUGUCGAACGCUAUCAUCCGUGUAUAGUAUUAAUUAAAGCUUGCCUCUCUGCUGAA